AUGAAAACAUCUGCGCUGAUCUCGAUUGCUCUGGGCUUGCCCGGUGCAAUCGCUGCUCCUAGCGGGCUCAAUUCCGAUGAUAUCAGGGUCAAUUCCGAUGAUAUUACAUUUGCAGGUGUGCAACGAGCACUCCCCAAUGCGCCCGACGGGUACACGCCGACAUCUGUCAGCUGCCCAGCAAGCCGACCGACAGUUCGCAGCGCAGCGAAGCUGUCUUCAAACGAGACAUCAUGGCUAGAAGUCCGCCGAGGCAAGACUCUGUCGGCGAUGAAGGAUUUCUUCGGGCAUGUGAAAGUCGGCGAUUAUGACGUCGUUAGCUACCUCGAUCAACAUUCUGGGAACUCGUCCAGUCUGCCCAAUAUCGGUAUUGCCGUUUCGGGCGGUGGAUGGCGUGCAUUGAUGAACGGUGCCGGUGCCAUCAAGGCUUUCGACAGUCGGACGUACAAUGCGUCGACGACCGGGCACUUGGGUGGUCUGCUGCAGUCUGCUACCUAUAUUGCUGGUCUGAGUGGAGGCAGCUGGUUGCUGGGUUCAAUCUACAUCAAUAACUUCACUACUAUCGACAAACUGCAGACGCAUACGGAUGGUUCCGUCUGGCAGUUCGGGAACUCGAUCAUUGAGGGCCCUGAUACUGGUGGUAUCCAGCUUUUGGAUUCUGCUAGUUACUACAAGGACCUUGCUGAAGCUGCUGAGGGGAAGAAGAACGCUGGCUUUGAUACUUCUCUUACUGAUAUUUGGGGCCGCGCACUUUCCUAUCAAAUGUUCAAUGCUAGCAAUGGUGGGCUCAGCUAUACCUGGUCUUCCAUUGCCGACACCCCCGAGUUCCAGGAUGGAAACUACCCCAUGCCAUUUGUUGUUGCAGAUGGCCGUAACCCCGGUGAGCUGCUCGUUGGCAGCAACUCGACUGUCUAUGAGUUCAACCCGUGGGAGUUCGGAACUUUUGACCCUACUAUCUUUGGUUUCGUUCCGCUCAAGUACCUGGGCUCUAAGUUCGAAGGUGGUUCGCUGCCGAGCAACGAGAGCUGCAUCAGCGGUUUCGACAGUGCCGGCUUUGUGAUCGGAACCUCAUCCACACUCUUCAACCAGUUCCUUCUCCAGAUCAACACCACUUCGCUCCCCAGCUUCGUAAAGAACGUUUUCACCGACCUCUUGCAAAAGUUUGACAAAGCUCAAGACGACAUCGCUUCCUACGAUCCCAACCCCUUCUACAAAUACAACGAGCACUCAUCGCCGUACGCCACGCAGAAAUUGCUGGACGUCGUUGAUGGCGGCGAGGAUGGACAGAACGUCCCUUUGCAUCCUCUUAUCCAGCCCGAGCGCCAUGUCGAUGUCAUCUUCGCCGUCGACUCCUCAGCCGACACCGACUAUUACUGGCCAAACGGCACCUCCCUGGUUGCAACUUACGAGCGCAGCCUGAACAGCAGCGGUAUCGGCAACGGUACCGCCUUCCCUGCGGUUCCAGACCAGAACACCUUCGUCAACCUGGGUCUCAGCACCCGCCCAUCUUUCUUUGGCUGUGAUAGUUCUAACCAGACCGGACCCACACCUAUCGUCGUGUACAUCCCCAAUGCCCCUUACUCCUACCACUCCAACAUCUCAACCUUCCAACUCAGCACUGACGACACUGAGCGUGACAAUAUCAUUCUCAAUGGCUACGAGGUUGCUACCAUGGCUAACAGCACCAUAGACGGCAACUGGACAUCCUGUGUUGGCUGUGCUAUCCUCAGCCGCUCGUUCGAGCGCACGGGUACCAAACUCCCGGAUAUCUGCACCCAGUGUUUCGACCGGUACUGCUGGAACGGUACUGUGAACUCCACCACACCGUCGUCUUAUGAUCCAGCUUAUUACCUGUCUGAGAGUAUGGCCUCAGUGAGUUUGCCCACCAUGCUAUCCACGGUUGCCGCAGCCAGCUUGGCAAUGCUCAUCCUGGUAUAA